GCCCCGACAAUGUUGCGCACCGUCUCUCAUCUCGGCCGCGUUCGCGCGCUCGGCUUCUCCCGAGCGCGCGCGGCGAGCGCUAUACCCGUCUACUCGCCUCGCGACGGCAAGGUCUUUACCGAGAUUCCCGACGCCACCGUCGCUGACGUCGAGGCUGCCGUCGAGGCUGCCGCCAGCGUGCAGGCGUCGGGAUGGUCAAAGGCGGAUGCAGUGGACCAGCGGGCCGAGUCGUUGCUCGGCAUCGCGGCGGCGCUCACCGAGAGAAAGGACGAGCUCGCGGAGCUCGAGUCCCAGGACUGCGGUAAGCCCGUGAGCGAGACGGCGGGAGACAUACAGAUGUGCAUCGACGUCUUCGAGUACAUGGCAGAGCUGGCGCCAAAGAUGCUGAAGCCGUCGCCGAUCGCCCUGCCCGACGGCGACUUCCGCUCCAGCAUCGUGCCCGCGGCCGCCGGCGUUGUUGGCGCCAUCACGCCGUGGAACUAUCCUCUCAUGCAGGCGGCCGCCAAGGUUGCUCCCGCUCUCGCUGCCGGCUGCUCCGUCCUCCUGAAGCCCUCGCCGCUCGCCUCUCUGACCUGCCUCAAGCUCGGCGAGAUUGGGCGGGAGAAUGGUCUGCCGGAGGGUGCGCUCACCGUCAUCACGGGCGGGCCGCCCGACGGCAAAGAGGGCGGCGCCGACUGCCUGACCAACCACCCACGGCUCGACCUGCUGUCCUUCACUGGGUCCUCCGCCGCCGGGAGCGCGCUGCUCCAUUGCUCGGCGAACAAGCUGCGGCGGAGCUCGCUCGAGCUCGGCGGGAAGGGCGCGCUCCUAGUCUUUGAGGACGCGUCAAUCGACGCUGCUGUCGACUGGGCCAUGGUCGGCAUCUUCUCUGCCGCCGGGCAGGUCUGCUCCGCCACGUCGCGGCUGCUGGUGCACGAGUCUAUCGCUACGGAGCUUCUCAAGGCCCUUGAAGAGACCACCGUCGCGCUGCGCGUCGGCGAUCCGAAGGCCGAAGGCACCCAGAUGGGCCCCGUCAUCUCUGCCACGCAGCGCGAUCGCAUCGCCGCCGCCGUGCGGAAGGCCGAGGGCGAGGGGGUGGAGGUACUCGUUGGGGGCUCCGGGCCGCCGGACGUGCCGGGGCUGGAGGGCGGAUACUACGUAAAGCCAACCAUCCUGAACAACGUCCCGGUCGGCAGCUCCGCGUGGUGCGAGGAGAUCUUCGGGCCCGUUCUGUGCGUCCGCACCUUCAAGACCGAGGAGGAGGCGGUCCGGCUCGCUAACGACUCGCCCUACGGCCUCGGCCACGCCGUUCUCUCUGCAGACGAGGCGCGCGCCGACAGGGUCGCGGCGCAACUCGACGCGGGCAACGUCUGGGUCAACUGCAACCAGGCGCUGUGGGCGCAGACGCCGUUUGGAGGGUGGAAGGCGAGCGGCUUCGGCUUCGAGUACGGCGAGGCGGGGCUCCACGAGUACUUGCGCCACAAGACCGUCACGAGCGCCAGGCAGCCGGGCUACUCAUGGAAGGCGUACCAUGGGUAGCCGUCUUCCAAGGGCCGGCGAGGCACGCGCGUCCACAGCGGAGGGCUCCAGAACAAGAGCGGGUGGCUGCGUGCCUGGACCUUUCGUGUGAACCUGUCUGCUGUUCUGUCUUUGAGUUGUGACGAAGCUUGUGUGUCCCUGAUAGUGAGAGGCGUGGCGACGCAACCGACCGAGAGAGGUCGAGAGAGACCAGAGACGACUCUCGACUUCGAGGGAGUCUGUGGCGCUGGUCCCGCACGGUGCCGGUUCUUCCUCGUCUCUAGUGACGGACCGUCUCUGGUGACGCUGACGCCUGACGGGCCCUUGUGCCCCGUUGAGAUAAAUGUACCGUAGAACUAUAUGAGAUAAAUGUACCGUAGAACUAUACUCA